AAUAUAAAUUUACUCUUGUUUUUGAACCGAAAACCGAUUCUCAGAACUGAAAUUGCUUGCGUUUCUUUCAAAGACACCGAGUGACCGCAUAUUUUUGUUUUGCAUAACGCUUUCAUUUGUUUAGCGUUUUCUUUGAACUGAAGUGAUUUACAAAUUAAAGCGAAUGAUAUUUAAGUUAAAGCAGAAGUGAAACUGUCAGGACAGCAGAGAAAAAUUAAGAAUCUAAUCAUCAUUGCUCUCUUUUCUCCAAAUUAUCUUAAUGAGUCUAUUAAGGGGUUUAAAAAUUACACUAUAAUUGAGACCAAUUUGUAUUUUUGUAUAGAACAUACUAAACAAAAGAGCGGGAACUGAAACAGGAAAUUUUUAUCAGCGGAUGUAGUUCAAACACGGAGCGGUGGGUGGAGCUAUCAAUUCACCGCCUGUGAUUGGCCCUCGCUCCGCUCGUGAUACUUCGAGUUGUCCAAUCACAUACAAGUUUAUGGGUUUGGUCUAUGAAAACACGCAAUCAGAAGGUUCCAUGUCUCCUUGAAAAUUAGCAUAGACGAGUCAAUAAAUAUCUCUGUCUGACUCGUUCAAGUUGUUGAUUCGUCAGCAUCAUCUUCAUCAUGCCUGAACCAGCGAAGUCUGCGCCUAAGAAGGGCUCCAAGAAGGCCGUCACUAAGACCGCCGGUAAAGGAGGAAAGAAGCGCAGAAAGACCAGGAAGGAGAGCUACGCUAUCUACGUGUACAAAGUGCUGAAGCAGGUUCAUCCUGACACCGGGAUCUCUUCUAAGGCGAUGGGGAUCAUGAACUCUUUCGUCAACGACAUCUUCGAGCGCAUCGCCGGUGAAUCGUCUCGUCUCGCUCACUACAACAAGCGCUCCACCAUCACAUCGAGAGAGAUCCAGACCGCCGUGCGUCUGCUGCUGCCCGGAGAGCUGGCCAAACACGCCGUGUCUGAGGGCACCAAGGCCGUCACCAAGUACACCAGCUCCAAGUAGAGCUCCGCUCCAGUCCCCGAGACUCAAAGGCUCUUUUAAGAGCCAC